AUGUUUGCUUUCUUUCAGGACCUCGGACUCCCUACCAUGGAUAUCCAGGUUGUCAAUGACAACGCCAAGUCCCAUGCUCCAUUUCCUUCCGCUGGUUCCAUGACGUUGUCCCACACUGAUCUUUCCCUUUCAUCUCACAGUGGACGACGAGAGCAGUGCCGUUGGGACAGUGAAGGAAGCAGCAGCUCGUUGCAGUCUCCCACGUCUGCCAUGGCGUUUCACUUUCGCAGUCGGUCUCAAAAGAAAUCACCACUGGACCAACGCCGACAGUCCCGAUCCCUUAAUCGUUGGAACAGCUUUCCCAAGAGUGACGAAUGCUGCAGCGAUGGCAGCGGCAGUGACAGUGACGACACUACGAGCAGCAGCAACUGCCGGUGGUCUGGUGGUACGGAUCCCUUUGAACAAAGUCCUGAUCAAUUGAGACGCACUCGCAGUCAUCUCCAGAGAAAGAGGGGUCUGCCCCCCAGAAAGCCUACCCCUCGACGUAGUAGCCUGAACCGCGGAGAGAGUGACUCCAGCGUCGUCUCUACCAAGUUUGUUUCCAAUGCAAGGAGAAUCCGAAGCUGGCCUUCAUCAUCCAGGGACUCACGGCUCCCGGCCUUGCCCUCGUCGCUGGAUGACUGCGCCAGUGCUGCGGAUCAACAGUAA